CAUCAGGACAGAUAUACCUGCUAUGCACCAUCGGCGGCGUGGAGAUGGCGGAGGCGGCAGCAGAAAAUCAGAUGAGAGAAGGGCACCCCGCCGCUUUGGAGGCACAAAAUAUCUACCAGCGUGACAAUAAUCAAGUAAAUUUUCUGGGCCGGGCCCGUGCAUUGCUGGAAGAGGAAGGGGUCUCGAAGCACCUCUCCCCGCCGCAGGAGCAUCCCGGACAGAAGAUAUCUGGCGAUGGGCCUUAUCCUGUGGCGAUGGAGAUUAUGCAGGAAAAGUGCACAAUCCUCAGCCGUCGCACCAGACGGGCCACCGAGAGCAGGAGCAAAAGCCGCAGCCCCACGAGCCACCAGAUCCCCAAACAGUCCACCAAGGAAUACCGCCCUCUGUGUCGGAUGCUGGGGAGAGGAACGAAGGUAGAUAUCUGGAAAGCAUGGGCGUUGCUGGUGUGCCCCUAG